AUGAGUUUUGAUGCCGAUUGUGAUGAGUUUAUUCAAAACAAACUAUUCCGCACCAGGGGGAAAUGUGCAAUAUACGCCCGCCAAUCGGAUGUCUACGUCGCGGUGAAACAAAAGUCCAGUUUCCGAGCCACUGCACCCACUUUGGCCAUGGCGGAGAGCAACAACAACAAUGCGAUCAACAUGCGACAUGACAUCUGGUUCCACAUAUCCAUGCACAUCGAUCCGGAGGACGUGCAGACCUUCGCCCUGAUAUGCAAGCAAACCGCCAGGCUGGUGGCCUCCCGAUCCUUCUGGCGCAAUCUCUACCGGCGCCACUGCACCGGAGCCACCUCCGGCUGGAACCUAGAUCUGCCCGCCCAGCUGCAGCUGGGCCAGAUACGCAACUGUGAUACCCGAGCCCUCAGAUCGCUCGUCAUCGAGGCCCUGUUCCACUGCCACCGUCCGCUGAAGAUUCGCCUGGAGCUGGGCUACAACCUGGACUGGCUGGUGCAGCGCAUCUUCGUCUCCUGCUGGCAGAAGCAGUACCAGUGCCUGUGGAUCAUGUGCUACAAGUUCUGGAACCGACAGUUGCAGGUGGCCAACGAAUCGGAAAUGGAAACCAGCAAAGUGGUCAACGAUUGGGAAUCCCUGGCGGAGGAUGAAGCGGGGCAAUUAGCUCCCACCCUGGGCAAUCCCAAUGAAGGUGUCGUUCUGCUCAUCGUGCUGUGCCGCCACUUUGUGCCCACCCCGAAUCAGUUGUCCUACAGCCAGCAGGAGGCACGCUACCGUUUGCGGGCCACCCGGGAACUCCUCUGCACGGACAUGCGGGCCAAGAACCUGGAGCUGGACUUUGCCGAGGAUGGCUGCCAAAAUGUGUCCGUAACCGUUAAAUAUGCCCGCAUCGAAAAGUACAAAGUAUUGCCCUGGUGGCAUCCAGACUUCCAGAGAUUCGUCAAAUAAAAGCCUCUCACC